AUGACAGGUGACAGAGAAGUUUUUUUGCAGUUGGUGCUCAACAAUGUCAGGACUAAGAAGAACGUUCCCUAUGCUGAAUCGAUGAUGUAUGACGUACCCUUACCUUACUACAAUGGCAGUCGCAUGGAGCACCUCGAGUACUUGAGGAUUAACGAUAGAGCAGGGUCCCAUGACCAUUCGAUACGAAGCGGGAUGUCGUCCAAACAUCCUGGGAGCGAGUUUAUGCCACAGUCCAUUUUCGAUACUGAAAGUAGUAUAUACCAGGAAGAAGGAGAUGACUCUACGGAGAAGUAUGAUUUCAAAGUAAAUGAAAGAGAUGUAGUGCUACUCCAAAUGUCAUGGGACAUCCUCCUCAAAGAGUAUUUAACUCCCGAGGAACUAAAAGUGUUUCACACACUAUUAUAUUCAAACAAGAACAUAAAUUCGACAGAAAGACCGUAUCUGAAUACUAAUUUUGAAGGCUUAAUUUCCAAAACUUCAGAUCCCACCGUCAAAUCAAGUAAAAUCAAAAAGAGAGACAACGAUGACAAGGUUGAUACCGCGCUAUUUUGUUCACAAUUUUAUGAUAAUCUGAUUGCCAUGGACCCAUUACUAGAAGAUUAUUUCCCAUCUUUGAGACACCAGGCAGUUUCAUUUUGUAAAGUCCUUAAUUCUGCUGUCGACAACCUUGAAGAUGUACAUGUCUUAGACAGUUAUAUUGUAAAACUAGGAAAGCGGCAUUCUAGAAUUCUCGGUAUCAAAACUGUUGGUUUUGAAGUUAUGGGUAUGGCAUUUAUGACAACGUUACAAGACAGAUUCGGAUCUUUUUUCACAUUAGAGCUUAAGAAUCUCUGGGGUCAACUUUACUCUUACAUGGCGAAUUGUAUGAUCAAAGCGGGGAAAGACCCAAUGGAAAAGACUAAGAGCUGCGCUCCAGGUCAAGAUGUUUCAACCGUUUUAAAAUUACCGGUUGCCAAGCUUACAACGCAUGAUACGAGUGCUAUCAACGAGCUGCAUUUGGUCAAGACUAAAAAUGCCACUAGGCCUAACAAUAUAACACAAGUACCAAAGAACAAACCCAAUCCGGAAAUAGUCAUAGAAACACUUCCAACCGCAGAAAGGAAAGAUCGUACAGGAUCAUCAUCAAUCUCACCGAAGGGUUCCGAAAGCACGAAGCCUAGCGUCAGUAGCAGCAGUGUCGUGGAGAGCAGCAUCAAAAACAGUAGUUAUGAGAAAAGAAUUCGCGUAAUUCAAAAAACUGCUCAGCAAAAGAACUGUUCGAUCAUGUAA